GCCGCCCCCUGCGCGGAGCCGCACCACCAGCACCGGCGGUACCGGAGCGCUCCUGCGGCCGGGCCCCUCCCGCGGGCCGGCACCGGCGCCCGCAGGGACACGAUGUGUCCCCGAAGCCCCUGGGCCGCUGUCCCCGCAGCUCUGCUGCUCCUCACCUGCGUCCUGGCCUCCGACACGGUGCCCAGCGCCCGGGGCCGGAAGAAGGUGGUCCAUGUCAUGGAGGGUGAAAGUGGGGCCGUGGUGGUGCAAACAGCGCCAGGGAAGGUGGUGACCCACCGGGGCGGCACCAUCAUCCUGCCCUGCCGCUACCACUACGAUGUGGCUGCCCACGACCCGGCCGAGAUCCGCCUCAAGUGGACCAAGGUGACGGAGCCGAUGGCCUUCGUGGAUGUGUUCGUGGCACUGGGCAAGGCUCGGAGGGCGUUCGGCAGCUACCGCGGCCGCACGGCGCUGCAGGAGGAUGGUUUUGGUGAUGCCUCCCUCAUCAUCCGCAAUGUUACCCUGCAAGACUAUGGUCGCUACGAGUGCGAGGUCACCAACGAGCUGGAGGACGACGCCGGCAUGGUCAAGCUGGACCUUGAAGGUGUGAUCUUCCCCUACCACCCGCGCCUGGGCCGUUACACACUGAACUUCCAUGAGGCACAGCAGGCGUGCCUGGAGCAGGACGGGAUCCUGGCCUCACACGACCAGUUGCACCAGGCCUGGCUGGAGGGCAUGGACUGGUGCAAUGCCGGCUGGCUGGAGGAUGGCUCCGUGCAGUAUCCCAUCUCCCGGCCACGGGAAGAGUGCGGCCGCAAGGAUACACCGGUGGGGGUCCGGAACUACGGGUACCGGCACAAGGAGAGCGAGCACUACGAUGCCUUCUGCUUCACCUCCAACCUCAAUGGCAAAGUGUACUACUUGAAGACCUACCGCAAGCUGAGCUACCCCGAGGCAGUUCAGGCCUGCAAGAACAACGGGGCUGCCGUGGCCAAGGUGGGUCAGCUCUAUGCUGCCUGGAAGAUCCAGCUGCUGGACCGGUGCGAGGCAGGCUGGCUGGAGGACGGCAGCAUCCGCUAUCCCAUCGUCAACCCCCGGGCGCGCUGCGGCGGCCGGGAGCCUGGUGUGCGCAACCUGGGCUUCCCCGACAAGAAGUACAAGCUUUUUGGGGUGUAUUGCUUUAAAAAGGCUGGGGAGGAUGCUCCGGAGAAGGCAGUGGGUGGGGGGGGGCACCCCAAUCGUGUGUGAGGGUCACCCUCUGCGGGAGCGCCCCAAUCUUUUGGCCAGGACAACCCCGUCUCUAUGUGUUGGGCUCCCUGGUGCUGCUGCCCUGCAGCGUGGGGAGCUGCAGGCAGCUCCUGGGUUGGACUGGGAGAGGUGUCCAUGUGCUACCGGUGCAGGAGCUGCACCGAGGGCUGCGCACGAAGCCUGGUGACACUUGGGGAAACUGAGGCAGCGGGAGGGGAGCAGCUUCAUUAACCCAGCCAGGAGCCUGCGCUCGGACCCAGGGCUGGCUCCCAGCUCAUCGCAGCUCUUGCUUGUCAGUCAGCGCAUUGCAUGUGCUAAAGGCCCAUCCAGAGCAAAGCAGGCUUGAGCCCCACAACGUCCUCAUCCUCAUGGCCACGGUCCCCAGCCCUGCGCUGUCCCUGGGGCCGUGCAGCACCGGGAGAUGCAGCCAGCACCAUGGCACCAGCCCGACCCCACAGGGCAUGGGGGGCACUGGGCUUGGCUUUGUGCAGCGUGGGUCGCUGGGGGCCCCUCCAGCUCAG